AUGUCGGGAGCCACUUUGGGCCAGAAUAACAAGGCCACCAACUCGGAGACUUCGGUUCAUCUCGAGGAUGUGUCCCCAAGCCCACCCAUCCACUCAUCCGAGGAUGGCGAUUGUCCAACUCAAUCGCUGCAGGAUCCUCGGAACUGGCCUCGGUGGAAGAAAAAUGCUCAGAUUCUCAUGGUUGCCUUCCAUUCAUGCGUGUCAACAUUCAUGGCAGCAGGAAUUAUCCCAGCCUAUGACAUGUUCGCUGAGCAAUAUGGGGUUACAGUACCCGAUGCAAGCUACCUCACUUCGUUCCAGAUUCUACUUCUAGGUCUUGCCCCCCUUCUUUGGAACCCCGUCACCGCCGUCUACGGUCGUUAUCAUAUCAGCAUGUUUUCAGUCUUGGGCAGUAUGGUCUGCAAUAUUGGCGGCGCCAGAUGCACUACCUAUGGAGGACAAAUGGCCACUCGGGUUCUGACUGCGUUCUUGAUCUCUCCUCCUAUCGGAAACGGUAGUGGUGUCGUCACUGAUCUGUGCGAACCUGAGAAACGCGCUCAGAAGCUGGGAUGGUGGACAUUGAUGACCACCAUUGGAACACCAUUGGGACCUUUCCUCAUGGGUUUCGUUACUAAACACCUUGGAAUCCAAUGGAUCUUUUGGAUUUUUGCCAUCAUCAACUUCUGCCAGUUCCUUGUGUACGUUGCUAUCGGUGACGAAACAAUCUACAAUCCCGAAAAUGAACGCAAGCGGUCGGGGUUCUUCGGAAAGCUCAUUCCCCGCAAGAUAACCUCUCACUCAUUGAGCCCACGAGACUUCGUGGCACCAUUUUCCCUGGCCAUGACUCCACGUGUCUUGAUUGCGGCCUGUGCUCAUGCAAUUACUUUCUGCUAUGGCAAUAUUGCCAUGAUCGUGGAGAUGCCCAUUGCAUUUGGAGAGAAAUUCCACUUCGAUGCGCAGCAGAUUGGCCUACAGUUCAUUGCAAUCAUUAUCGGAUGUGUCCUUGGUGAACAGGUCAGUGGACCAAUGUGUGACUGGUUUUUGAAGCGUGUCCGUCAGUCACGAGGCUACUCGUGUCCUGCCGAUCGCCUCUGGCUGUCUUAUAUCGCCUUUGGCACCAUCUAUGCUGGUCUUUUGACCUGGGGAUUCCAACUUCAACACGCUACAACUUGGAAUGUAACGCCGUGUGUUGGUGCUGCCAUUGCUAGCUUUGGCAACCAAAUGCAGACCACAAUUUUGACCACCUUUGCCGUGGAGAGUCAAAAGGAGCGCUCUGCUGAAGUUGGCGUGUUCGUCAAUGUCUGCCGACAGAUUUAUGGAUUUAUUGGACCCUUUUACCUCCCACAUAUGUUUACAGCAUUAGGGUUCGGUGGUGCAGCGGGGGUUAUGGUCGCUAUUGUUGGUGGGUGUGCGAUGAUUCCGAUCAUUGCUGUUCAAUUUGUGGCAACUAGAUCUGCCAAGCAUUAG